AUGAAGUUCGAUGGCUCUAUCACCUCGGAUUCACCAUUCUGCGAUAUCAUUAGGCAGGACAGACUUCCUACUACCAUCGAGCGGAAGAUGAUCAGAGACUACAUCACGGAAAAGAAAGCAUCACUCUCCGAAUUGAAUGCUCGAGUGCCGAGACGCAACCGGGCGACGGGGCGGAAGCUCUCUCGACAACUACGCGCCGAGCUGGAUCACACACGUCGCGUCAUUCGCUUUCACCUUGCCAUUAUCUCACCCUGGCGGUGGCUACCCGUGGAGAUGAUGUCCGAGAUUUUCGCCUUCACCUUGUCGCCGAGGGAGAACGAUGAACAUGAUGAAUGGAAUGACGAUCGAGCCAGUACGUUGCUCUUGUGCAAAAUCUGCAGGCGAUGGAGGCAAAUAGCGGUCUCUACCCCCGCAUUGUGGAGCGUGCUUAACCUCGACCUCCGAGGAAUCGAAAAACGACCGCCGGAAUGGGCGCUCGAGUGGCUUCAACGCUCUCAGUCGUACCCCGCAUAUCUCCAAUUGUUCUGGGACAAUACGACGCGAAUGGACGUGCUCAGUUGCGCCAUCUCCGCUUUCUGUGCGCAUGCUCAUCACGCUGCGUCUCUCUGGCUGGACGGUCUUCCCAUUGACGACAUCGAACUUGUGACGGAUAUCUAUCCGCGACCAAUCUUCCCCGCCUCCACACCUCGAGCACCACUGCUCUCGAUGCUUUACGCAGAUCUCCCCGCAGGGAGCAACUGGGAAUGGGUGUAUCUGGCUUGCAGAGCCGCACCUCUUCUUUCCGACCUCACUGUCACUCAUUUCGCUAAGGACUUUUGUCCCGUCCCGAAUCUCACUCGUCUACAUUUCGUGGAGCCGGUAUCGAUGGGGAAUGUGCUGUAUAUCUUGGAGGCUACACCUGGCCUGGAAGAUCUUUGCGUCGACAUCGAUGGACCCAGUGUUCCUCGCGGUCCAAUUAUUCGUAUGGAAUCAUUGGCUCGCUUGGAGGUCACAUCGAACGACCUGCUCGGUCUGUUCUUUGAGCACGUGGAAAUGCCUCGUCUCGAGGACGUCUGCAUAUACCAACUGACCGUUUGGCCUCGGAGCGAAGUCGCCUCUUUCCUCACUCGUUCGUCUUGCAACCUGAAAGUGCUGGACUUCCACAACGCCGAGGUCUCGCAGGACGACGUCAUCGAAUUUCUCAAGCACAAGGCUUGCGUGUCGCUGAAAGCUCUGACUGUCGCAGACUGCAUUCCUCCAGCCGACUAUCUUCUACAGUACCUAACUCCCGAUCGCAAGACCACUCAGAAGUUUGAGCAGUGGCCCAAUCCACGCCUCGAAGCUAUCGAGCUAUCGAAUAUCCUCACGCACGACGGCUGUCUUUCGGAGAUGGUCGCCUCACGAUUGCCCCCGCACUUUGAUGACCGACUUCCACUACCGGAAGGAGUAGACCAUCUGCGCAGCAUCCAAUUCUCGUUCGUCGACGGCGUCAACAGCCCGGACGCCCAUGUCGCCGACUGGCAAUCCCUGCAGCAGUUGGAGAAAUUACAUCCCACACUCGAGUUGAUCUGGCCAGAGCAAGACCCUAUUUCGCUGGCCAUUAUUCCAGCAUAA